CCAUCCUGCACCGCGAGCACCGCGCCGACUCUGAGUCCGACUCCGAGCUGUCUGUCUGCUGCUGCCAGGGGCGGACAUGUUGGGGCGGCCUGCUGGAGGACGGCACCACACAUAUUUCUGAUUUUACCGGAAAAACUGACUGCAAAGCAGAGACGGGACACCAUGGAUGCCGUCAACGCUUUUAAUCAUGAGUUGUUCUCCUUGAUGGACACCAAGCCUCCCAUCUCGAGGGCCAAGAUGAUCUCCAUCACCAAAUCUGCCAUAAAAGCCAUUAAAUUAUACAAGCAUGUUGUCCAAAUCGUAGAAAAGUUCAUAAAGAAGUGCAAACCCGAGUACAAAGUACCAGGGCUAUAUGUGGUGGAUUCCAUCGUGAGACAGUCACGGCAUCAGUUUGGAUCAGAUAAAGAUGUGUUUGGACCUAGGUUCACCAAAAACAUCACAGGAACAUUUGAGAAUCUUUGCUUGUGUCCCACAGAAGAUAGGAGUAAGAUAGUGAGAGUGCUGAACUUGUGGCAGAAGAAUGGAGUGUUUAAGAUUGAUGUAAUCCAGCCUCUAUUGGACAUGGCUGCUGGAUCCAGCAGCUCAACAGGCUUAGACAGCGGCCCUGAUGGGGCAUCUCCACAGUCUCCGGUGAGGGAACAAGAGGCUCAUCCUGUGGUGACGCCAAACUCGAUCGCAGCAGCUGUGCCUCCGCUUCAGAACUCAGAUGCCUUUGCGGCUGUUGCUCAAUUUAUUCAGUCUUCUCAAGGACAGCAGCUUCAGCAGAUGCUUCAGAACUUUCAGCCGCCAGAGAAACCUCAGUCUCCAGCUGUGGACAAUAACACGAGUCACCUCCACCCACAGGCCCAGGCUAUGACUGCCUCCUCCACCCUCACACAUCAGCACAUCCAUCACGCACCACAGCCUGAGGAGAAGAAAGCCACCUUCGACAAGACCCUUCUGGACCGCUUUGACUAUGAUGAUGAGCCAGAAGCGGGUGAGGAGGCAAAGAAGGAUGAAACGCCGUCUGUCCAACCUGCUAUAGGAUUUCAUGAGCAGACCGUCCCAGGAUUUCCUCCAGCCAAUCAGAUGCAGCACUUUCAACAACAUAUGAUGGCUGUAUCACAGCGGCAACAGGUUGUUCUACCUUCAAAUGGACAGGUCCGAGGCUUUGGUCUUAUGACCUCUCAGCCCUAUCCAGACAUGAUGCCUCAGAUGGGGCAGCCACAUGCAGCUUAUCCGCCUCAGAAUGACACCUUCAGUCAACACAUGGCUGGACAUCAGCAUCCGGAAAUGAUGAAUUCAGAUGCAUCGGCUAGGCCUUACCCCGAUGGCAGGAGGUCACGUUCAGGGUCGAGAUCUCCUAAAAGAAGAAGGUCUCGGUCCAAUUCCCGUACCAGACGAAUGCGGCAUCGGCGGUCGCGCUCUCGUUCUCGAGAACGACGGCGUCAGUCACCUUGCUCGCGGUCUCAGGAAAGAAGAGAAAGAGAAAAGGAAAGAGAACGAAGACAAAAAGGCCUUCCUCCUAUAAAGAAUAACACUCUCAGUGUGUGCAGUACUACUCUAUGGGUGGGACAGCUGGAUAAAAGGACACAGCAGCAGGACGUGGCCUGUUUACUAGAGGAGUUUGGGCAGAUAGAUUCAAUUAAUAUGAUUCCUCCUCGUGGUUGUGCCUACAUUGUCAUGAUUCAUCGUCAGGAUGCCUAUCGAGCCCUGCAGAAACUAAGCAGAGGUCCAUACAAAGUCAACCAGAAAGCCAUGAAGAUUGCCUGGGCUUUGAAUAAGGGCAUCAAGGCUGAAUUCAAGCAGUAUUGGGAUGUGGAGUUGGGUGUAUCCUAUAUACCAUGGUCCAAAGUAAAGAUGGAGGACCUCGAUGUGUUUAGAGAAGGAGGGAUGCUGGACCCUGAUACUCUUGCACCAGAAUGGAGAAGCUCUCAGAUUGAGCUGGAGAAGGCUGAAGAGUCUCAGAACGGCAGGCCUGAGGUGGGAAAAGUGGAGGAGAGCCCGACUAUAGUACCUAUGCAGGUUCCUCCUGUCCAGCCAAUGGGAGCAGUCAGUGUCCCACCUCCAGGAUUCCCAGGACCCCUGAACAUCCCACCCCCCUCUUUCCCACCUGGGGUUCCCCCACCCCCAGGUCCCUUCAUACGGCCAGGCUUUAACCCCAUGCAGAUGCCACCAGGAUUUCUCCCCCCGGGUGCCAUGCCGCCUCUGGGCGCCACUGGGCCUCCUCCACCUGCAGCAGGUAUCGGCAUGCCUCCAGUUGGCAGCUCAGUUGAAGACCUGUCGAACGAUCCAGCAGGUAUGGGCCCAAGAAUCAACAGCGAUGGAACAGAGGGAUUCAACUCAGGAAACCAGGUGCCUCCUGGAGGUCCACCAGGGAUGGGCAUGCAGUCUCCACCAGGUCUUCUAGGUUCAAGGCCGGGAAUGAUGCCUCUCCAGCGGCCCCCAGGGAUGCCGCUCCCACACAUGCAGCGCUUCCCCAUUCCACCUCCUCGACCUGGCAUGCCACCCAUCCCACCACAGAUGAUGCCACCCAGGGGUCCACCUCAGAUGAUGCACCGCGAGCCACCACCCGGGGGCUUCGGCAUGCCGCCCCCUCCUCAUGGCUUCAGGGGCCCUUUCCCCCCUCCCGGACCUCCCUUCAUGAGGCCGAGCGGACCCAGACCAGACGGGCCAAAUGAUCACGAGGCGAGGCCGUUCAGAGGCGAGCGCCCUGGUUUAGGGCGGGGCAGAGAUCGAGUACAGGACUGGUACGUUGGGCGGCGCCCUUUUGGCGAGGGUCGUGGCGGUGAGAGGCCGGAUGGUCGUGUGCGAUUUGGAGGCUGGCACGAGGAGCCGGAAAAACGAGGCGGAUGGGACCGAGAGAGGGAACGCAGGGACUGGAGGAGAAGUCCGGAUGGAGAGAGGGAUCGGGAUAGAGGACGGGACGGUGAAGAACGGACGAGGCGCUCUGCAGGAAGCAGAGAGAGGGGUCGUGGCGGUGAGAGGCCGGAUGGUCGUGUGCGAUUUGGAGGCUGGCACGAGGAGCCGGAAAAACGAGGCGGAUGGGACCGAGAGAGGGAACGCAGGGACUGGAGGAGAAGUCCGGAUGGAGAGAGGGAUCGGGAUAGAGGACGGGACGGUGAAGAACGGACGAGGCGCUCUGCAGGAAGCAGAGAGAGGAGCACACGCUGGGAUCGAGAUGAUAGACUCGAUCGACUGGGUCUCACCAGCAUGGAACCCAAUGAGAGACUUGCAGCAAAUACCAACAAGCCCAGUGCAAACACUACUAAAGAACUUCCUGAAGACAAGCCCGAUGUUCCAGCACCUUCCACCGCAGCCACAGCAGAGUCUAAAGCCUCAGAACCUAUAGCAGAGAACAAAACUGCCGAACAAACACAUACGGAAGAGUCAUAGAGGCCUCUUUAUAUGUCAAGACCAUAUGAGCUUCUCACAUGUCAGUGCUAAUCUUGAAUACUGCUGGCUAGAACUCAAAGUCUAAUGUUGUGGGUUGCUUUAUGCAUAUGAUGCUUGGUUCCUCAUCCCAAACCAAGUUUUUCAGACUUUAUAAAGCAUCUUUCGGCAAACGUGGAGCGUUGCCUUGUGAAUUUAUUGUCCCACCUCAGUAAAGCUUGAAUGUUGUAUUAAGACUGAAGAUAAGGAAAAGAAACAAUUAAUGAUUCUGCUGUAAAUAUGCUAACAUUACUCGAAUGAUGUUUGUAGAUUUUGACUGGCCGUUUUUGGUUUUUACUUUACAAUGAUAUCCCUGUUUAGUUUUAGUAAUGGAAACAUUGACUAAAAUAAGAUAUUAAGACCCUUUUGCUGUAAUGUUUUUAACUUAAUGUUUACAACAUACAAAAAAAAAACAAGAUGUUUUUAUAAUUUUUAAGUUUUUGGAGAUAGGAACUCCAAAUAUUUCAGCGAUAGGAAUUUGGUUUUAAUAAAAUAUUUUCAUACCAAA